AAGCAAGAAUAAAUUUUGGAUGAAACUUUGAGACAAUUACAAUAAAAAGUCCAAGACUCUGAAACUGUGUUACCAAAGUUCAUUAUUUCUAUUUAUUCAGAAUUAGCUUAGGCAUUAGGCUCACUUGGUGCAGCCGCAGUUGGCAAUGGCGAGAGAGUGAUGAUAGAUAGGUAGUGUCACAAAACCAAAACAAAAAUGGUGCCAUCUUCAUUCAACUCCAGGUGCCUUACAAACCUCCUCCUUCUCUAUCGAACCCAGACCCAAGCCCUCUCACGAGCUCAAUCCUUUUCCACUUCUAAUCACUGCAAAUCGAUCAAACUUCUAUCGGAUGACCCUCCCAUUUUCGACCCCACCACAGUCCGCGAAACCCUUUCUUCCUACUGCAAUGACUGGCGCCGCGCCUUCGAGUUCUUCAAAUGGGCCGAAACCCACCACACUUUUCAACACACCACAGAGACAUACAAUCGAAUGCUCGAUAUUCUCGGUAAGUAUUUCGAGUUCGAUCUCUCUUGGGAUUUAAUUCAACGAAUGUGCCAGGACCCAGUUUCUUAUCCGGACCAUACCACGUUCCGGAUCAUGUUCAAGCGCUAUGUCUCCGCUCACCUCGUCAAUGAGGCGGUUGGUACUUAUAAUCGUUUGGGAGAGUUUGGUUUAAAGGAUGAAACUUCGUAUUGUAAUCUUAUUGAUGCUCUUUGUGAGUUUAAGCAUGUUAUUGAUGCUCAAGACUUGUGCUUUUGGAAAAACAGUGAGUUAGGUUUGGAGAAGAAUACUAAGAUUUUCAAUAUCAUUCUCCGGGGUUGGUUUAAGUUGGGGUGGUGGAGUAAGUGCAGGGACUUUUGGGAAGAGAUGGAUAAGAGAGGAGUUGAAAAAGAUUUGCAUUCUUAUUCUAUAUAUAUGGAUAUACUAUGCAAGAGUGGGAAGCCAUGGAAAGCAGUGAAAUUGUAUAAGGAGAUGAAGAAGAAAGGGAUCAAAUUGGAUGUGGUGGCAUAUAAUACAGUCAUUCGUGCGGUUGGUCUUUCUGAAGGGGUUGAUUUUUCGAUCCGGGUCUUUAGGGAGAUGAGAGAAUGUGGUUGUGAACCCAAUGUUGUUAGUCAUAAUACUAUUAUAAAGCUUUUGUGUGAAAAUGGGAGAUACAGGGAAGCAUCCAAGGUGCUUGAUAAAAUGCUUAACAAGGGCUGUUCACCAGAUGUUAUUACAUAUCAUUGUUUUUUUGCUUCUCUGCAGCAACCGAAAGAGAUCCUUGGAUUGUUCAAUAGAAUGAUUGUCAGUGGUGUUCGGCCGAGGAUGGACACUUUUGUGAUGUUGAUGAGGAAGUUUGGGAGAUGGGGUUUCCUUAGACCGGUUUUCAUUGUAUGGGAGAAGAUGGAAGAACUCGGGAUGAGUCCCAAUGAGUCAGCUUACAAUGCUUUGAUUGAUGCUUUGAUUGACAAGGGUAUGUUAGACGUGGCUAGAAAGUAUGAUGAAGAGAUGCUAGUGAAAGGUCUUUCCCCAAAGCCAAGGGCAGAGUUGGGGACAAAGCUUCUGGGUAAUGGAGGACCAGAUGAUGAAUUAUUGCAAGCUUAAACGUUGUUUGAAAUAAACUCUGCCCUUAGCUGUGUAAUCAGGCUUGUGGUUUGCUUUCUCAUGCUACGAAGUUCAAUUCCUCAGGGUCAUCUACUUGUUGUAUGUAUAUCUAGAAGAUUAGGCCACUCUGACUAGACUAUCUGUUGAGGGAAUAUAGAAGCUAGUGGGCAGCAGUGCAAAGGAGUGGUGUAUGGAUUCACAUAUACCAGGAGAAUAUGCUAAAGUUAAACGCAGACCUCUAGUUCUGUUUGUCUUUUGAUCAUCUGUAAAUGUUAAUACGAGUUUAUUAUACAGUGCAUACCAUUGCUACUGCAAAAAAUAA